AUGGCAGAUUCUUCUCUAAUAAUGGAGUAUGCUCGCCUUGUGGAAAAGGAUGUGAAAUUUGCCUAUCUGAAACAAAUUGUCUUGGCUGCUUUGAUGAUCUUGAUAUGGCAAAUGAAGGAAAUGGAAAAUUCAGAUGCAUUUAUUCGGGAUAUGUUUUUAAUGAAACAGCUCAUAUGUGUGAUUGCCCGAAGAAUUGGAUCCCUCAAGGUCUCCAAUGUGUAG